UUGUAGGUAGGUAGUCUCUACUAGCCUCAACUAGAGAAAUAUGAUCUCCAUAGCAACUUGAUUUAAAUAGCUUUACAAUCUGCUCUUGCAGUGGCCCAUAAACUGCUUCACCCUUCUCACAUCACAUGAAGCUCUUCUUUCUUUGUUUCCUCCUCAGCUUUGGCCUUGUCGCAUCUUUCACUGCAACAAGUGAUGACCAACUAUUGUACCUUGGCUUCACAGCCGGUACUAAUCUCACCGUCGAUGAUGCUGCUACAGUCAAGGCGAACGGACUCCUUGAGCUAACCAAUGGCUCACUUGGUUGCAAAGGUCAUGCUUUCUACCCAAUUCCCUUUCACUUCCGCAAAUCACAUAAUGAUACCGUGCAAUCUUUCUCAGUUUCCUUCGUCUUUGCCAUCCGCUCUAGCUACCCCAUCAUGAGCCGACAGGGCUUGGCCUUCAUCAUCACCCCAAGCAUGAACUUCUCAGAUUCAUUGGCCAAUCAAUACUUGGGAUUCAUGAACUCCAAAAACAACGGCAACUUUAGCAAUCACAUAUUUGCCAUCGAGCUAGACACUGUCCUAAACAUCGAGUUUCAAGACAUCAACACCAACCAUGUAGGUAUCGACAUCAAUGGCCUCCACUCUAUAAAGUCCUACCCUGCAGGGUACUAUGAGGAUUGGAAUGGUAGCUUCCAAAACAUGACUCUUGCUAGUGGUGAUGCGAUGCAAGUGUGGGUGGACUAUAAUGCUGAAGCCAAGAAAAUCAAUGUGACCAUGGCUCCCCUUCAAAUGGAAAAACCUACCAGGCCACUCAUCUCAGCAGAUUAUGACCUCUCAAUUGUGUUGAAAGAGCCAUCCUACAUCGGGUUCUCAUCUUCAGGUGGAGAGGUCGAUUCACGACAUUAUGUGCUUGGUUGGAGUUUUGGGAUGAACAAACCAGCUCCACAGAUCAAUAUUGCAAAGCUGCCGAGGCUACCUCAUCCAAAGCAUCAGCCAAAGCUCCUGAAAAUCAUCCUACCAAUAGUCAGUGCAACAUUCAUAUUUGUUGUGGGUUCAAUGGUCAUUUUACAUGUGAGGAGAAAAUCGAGGUAUAGUGAGCUAAAAGAAGAUUGGGAGGUCGAGUUCGGGCCACAUCGGUUGUCAUACAAGGAGUUGUUCCAUGCCACGGAAGGGUUUAAAAACAAACAUCUACUUGGUGCAGGAGGGUUUGGGAAAGUAUAUAAAGGAAUACUUCCAUCAACUAAAUUAGAAGUUGCCGUGAAGAGAGUGUCCCAUGAGUCGAGACAAGGUUUGAAGGAGUUUGUUGCUGAGGUUGUCAGUAUUGGCCGCAUCCGACAUCGUAACCUUGUUCAGCUACUUGGCUAUUGUAGGAGAAAAGGUGAACUUCUUUUGGUGUAUGACUACAUGCCAAAUGGUAGCCUUGAUAAGUAUUUGUAUUGUGAUGAACAAACACUUGCACUAAACUGGGCUCAGAGGUUUCGGAUAAUAAAGGAUAUUGCAUCAGGUUUGCUCUACCUCCAUGAAAGAUGGGAGAAAGUGGUCAUCCACCGUGACAUCAAAGCAAGCAAUGUUCUCCUUGAUAGUGAAAUGAAUGGGAGACUAGGUGACUUUGGCCUUGCAAGACUUCAUGAUCAUGGAGCGAAUCUACAAACCACACAUGUGGUUGGUACCAUUGGAUACCUAGCCCCAGAAUUAGUAUGCACGGGUAAGGCAACUCCUCUCACGGAUGUGUUUGCCUUUGGCAUGUUCCUUCUUGAGGUUGCCUGUGGGAAAAGGCCAGUUAACAGCAAUCCACAAGGAAAUCAACCAUUAUUAGUUGAUUGGGUUCUUGAGCAUUGGAAUAAGGGAUCACUGAGUGAGGUAGUAGAUACAAGGCUACAGAGUGACUAUAAUGUUGAUGAGGCAUGCCUGGUGCUAAAGCUGGGACUGUUAUGCGCACACCCAUUUGCCAAUGUAAGACCCAACAUGCAGAGUAUCAUACGGUACCUUGAUGGUGAUUCACAACUCCCGGAGUUGACAGAUACAGACAUGAGCUUCAGCCUGCUCUCUAUAAUGCAGGGUGAAGGGUUUGACCCAUACGCAUUGUCAUAUCUUUCAUCAAAGAUGAGCAUUGGCACAAUAUCCGACAUUUCAGGAGGAAGAUGAUAUCACUGUUGGUUGAUAUUAUCUUAUUUGUGAGCUUGCAUGCCAACAUUAUAUUUAGUACCAAGUCAUGUAAUGCUGGGGCAAGGUUAGACUUCCCAAGGGCUUUUCUUACGGAUUAUAGUGAGAGCAGUGUAUAAUUGCUUUUUGAGUGGUGCCUACAGGUUACAGCUCAUUAAUUUAACAUGUAAACGAAGAAGCUACCUUUGUAAUUGUGGGUUGAUUUACUACACGGUGCUUCACGGCUCACAAAUCUAUUUUUUUCUUUUUUA